CCCUCUGGGAAUAGACCCUGGUCUAUCUCGGCUUGGCAGGCACGGAUUGCGUCACACUGCAUCCCACCGACCGAGAUACAGGACAGGCGCAGUGCCAACGUGCGGCUUCCGUGCUUGACAACAAUCGACCCUGCUUCGUGAUUGCUUCCCUGAUUUCGAGACCCACGUCGAGGGCCGCCUCCAGCGACUAUAAUCUGCUUGACACCCUCGACACAAUGCCCUGCAAGCCCCUGACCCUUUUCUAUUUCUCCUCAUCUUUCACCUGAUAGCUAGUAUCCCAUGCACACCUUCAAGUCGAGGGCGCGUGUUAGCCCAAUCUCUAUUGCUUCUACAUGGCAAAUAUGGUCUGCGCUUUUCCUGCUGUCGUCUCUGCUACCUCUCGUCGAUGGCAUCCACCACAUGUCUAUCCGGCCACCACUCCGGCUAGCCAUGCGGAAAGAGCCCAUCACUCCGUUGCUAGUCACGAAUAAGUGCCCCGAGACCAUCUAUCCCGGCAUUUCCACACAAUCAGGCGAGGGUCCAAAAGAAAACGGCUUCAAAUUGGAUCCUGGAGAGUCCAGCAAUCAGACGGUGUCGGAAGAUUGGCAAGGUCGUGUGUGGGGAAGAACAAAUUGCUCCUUCAAUGAUGAUGGGUCCGGGGCCAAAGACGGCGGCGCAAAAGCGUGCCGCACGGGCGACUGCGCUGGCAUCGUGAAUUGCAAGGUGGGCGGCGAUGUACCCGUUUCCCUCGCAGAAUUCACACUCGAUGCCGGUGACGGGCACACCUACUACGAUAUAUCGUUGGUAGAUGGCUACAACAUUCCAAUGGCCAUAACCCUUCAGGCGCUUCAGAAUGUCACCCUCGACGACAUCCCUCCCAAUCUGACCAAUCCAUCCUGCCAGGGCACCGCCGGUCUCCUCGCGCAGAAGGGGUACGACCCAUACCCAGAGGAUCCAAAGUUCUUGAUGACCAACAGCUCAUACCCUUUACCUUUCGAACAAGAGGUCGAUGACCAGCAGAUAUCCCGAUGGUGUCCGUGGGAUUUGCAACAACAACCCCCAGAUAAGCCUGGCGAGGGAGUGUAUCCAUAUCCAGACGACAACAUCGAAAGACCCCAGUUCAACCCUUGCUACUCGGCCUGCGCGAAGAACAACAAGCCAGAGGACUGUUGCACAGGGGAAUACAACUCGCCCAGCUCAUGUUCCCCCAGCGACUAUUCAAAGUCGGUCAAGAAAGUCUGUCCAGACGCUUACAGUUAUGCCUUCGAUGAUCAAACCUCCACUUUCAUCAUACCUUCUGGCGCUGGCUUCGAGGUUGUGUUUUGCCCUGGAGCCCGUUCCACCGAUAUCCUAUCUACUGAGGCAGAAAAGAUGCGCCAGCUUUCGCAAACGGGGAGCGUUUCAAAGGACACAAAUGCGCAGUCCAAAUUGAUGAUGUUGAUGCCGAAAAGACUUAGAAGAUAUCUAUUCUGAAGAAGUCAAGGGAUCCAAAGAGAUUAGUCCUUGAUAGUGGCGGUUUUAGUUUUGUGUGUAAGCUUGAGAUACCCUAAGCGCGCGUCGUCACGACUUCGAAAUGUAGUCAUUCUUCCCAUUGCAAUCGCUGCACUGUCAGUAUCAAUGUGUAUUUGUGACUAUCCUCCGAUUAUGAUGAGAUUGGAUUACAGCCUGAUGAAAUCAUGCAAAUGCGACAUACAUGUCUACCUAUUAUGUCAGACUUUCGCACCUUCGAAAGCACCACCAAGCACAGCAUACGGGCCGAGAUGUGACGAAAUUCCACUGAGGCUCCCCGCAACAAAAUCGAUGGCUUCACCACCCCCAAGUUUCUCCUCCGUAACCAAGCGGACUUUAGUACAGAGAAACAAAUGCCGUCUAAACUGCAUUGAGCACGGAACGAACCAAGGGCCGCGCCCGAAUAGGAAAUGCAGAUGCAUGCAAGUGGAUUUCAAAAACCG